CCGUCGGUGGCGCGCAGCUCGAGCAGCAAACGAGACACGAGCGGACGGUCUGAGAGAGAGCUUGGAUCUGUGGAUGGUUCUGAUACACACGGACUUUCUGACCGGGAUCUUCUGCAGCAGAGCCGGGAUGGAGUGAUGAUGGGAUGGAUGUGAAUAUGGGCCAGUGGGCAGGCAUGCGAGCCCCUCUCCUCGGCCUGGCCCUGCUGCUGCCGUCGCUGCUCUUCCAGCCUCUUGUCUGCCGGGGCCAGAACAUCCCGGGGGGCCCUCAGAAUGGCCCUCACUUCCGCUUCACUCUGGCGGUCUACCACGCUACAGUGUACGAGAACUCAGCAGCACGCACCUAUGCCAACAGUAAAGUUAAAAUGGGCAUCCACCUGGCCCAGCGGUCCUGGGAGAUCCGCUACAGGAUCACCUCAGGAGAUGACGAAGGCUUUUUCAAAGCAGAGGAGUAUGUGCUGGGCGACUUUUGCUUCCUGCGCAUUAGGACUAAAGGUGGCAAUGCUGCCAUCUUAAACCGAGAGAUUCAGGAUAACUAUGUACUGACAGUGAAGGCCUCUGUGAAGGGAGAGGCCCUCCUCGAGACCUGGACUAAAGUCAGCAUCCAGGUCUUGGACAUGAAUGACCUGCGACCCCUGUUCUCCCCCACCACCUACUCCGUGACCAUCGCGGAGAGCACCCCUCUCAGGACUAGCAUAGCACAAGUUACUGCCACAGACGCAGACAUCGGCUCCAAUGGGGAGUUUUACUACUUUUUCAAGGAGAAGAUGGAGCUGUUUGCAGUGCACCCCACCAGCGGGAUGGUUUCUCUCAGUGGAAAGCUCAAUGUAGACGAGCAGAGCCGGUACGACCUGGAGAUCUUGGCUGUGGACCGAGGCAUGAAGCUGUAUGGAAAUAAUGGGGUCAGCAGCACAGCCAAGCUUUUUGUGCAUGUGGAGCGCGUGAAUGAGCAUGCCCCAGUCAUGAAUGUGGUGACUCACAGCCCGUCGUGGCUGGAUAAAAACCCUGUGUAUGCCAUGGUCACUGUGGAGGACCUGGAUGAAGAUUUAAAUGGAGAAAUAGACUCAGUGGUGAUCGUAGGGGGAGACCCGUCAGAGCAGUUUUUUGUAGAAAGAUCUGAUGAGGGAGAGUUUGCCAUAAAAGCCUCAGAGUCAGUCAAAUGGGAGAGUUUUCCUCACGGCUGUAACCUCACUCUGCAGGCUAAAGACAAGGGGACCCCUCAGAAGUUCUCCUCAGUAAAGGUGGUCCACAUUAAGGUCCACAAACGACAGACAGCUGAGGUCAGAUUUGAGAAGGAGGUGUACGAUGUUAGUCUAAAUGAAAUCUCACCUCCGGGCACGAUUGUAGCAGCUGUUAAAAUCAAACCAGAGCCUGAUGAUGCAGAAUAUAUCCUCACUCCUUCUGCAGACUCUGCUUUCUUUCAGAUGAACACCCUGACGGGUGUGAUCUCCACCACCCGCUGGUUCACUCAGGGGAGCCAGGACGUCUUUAACCUGGAGGUGUUGGAGAUAGACAGUGAGCUCAAAGUUAAGGUGCGGGUCACCAUAGAUGAUGCCAAUGACAAUGCACCAACAUUCGAUCAGUCCUCCUAUGAGGUUUUGGUUAAUGAGAGUGUUCCUGUUGGGACGCAUGUGUUGACAGUUUCUGCAGUGGAUGAGGAUAAAGGAGAAAAUGGAUAUAUCACCUACAGCAUCUCCAGCCUGCAGCCGUUCCCCUUUCAGAUCAAUCAAUUUUCUGGUGUCAUCAGCACCACUAAAGAGCUGGACUUUGAAUCCUCUAUAGAGAGCUUUGUGUUUGUGGUCAGAGCAUCAGACUGGGGCUCCCCCUACAGGAGAGAGAGUGAAGUUAAUGUUACCAUCCAGCUGGAGAAUGUAAACGAUAACCAGCCUCUGUUCGAGAAGGUGGGCUGCCAGGGGGUCGUCCCAAGGGAUUUUCCUGUGGAUGAAGUGAUAACCACGAUGUCGGCCAUCGAUAUCGAUGAGUUAGAGUUGGUGAAGUAUAAGAUAAUCUCCGGGAACGACUGGGGGUACUUUGACCUGAACCCAGAUUCAGGGGUCCUCUCUCUGCAGCGUUCUCUUUCCUCGGCCAGCCCAAAGAACGGCGUCUUCAGUCUGAAAAUCACUGCCACAGACGGCGAGAAUUUCUCUGACCCCAUGUUUGUGAACAUCUCACUGGUUCAUGGGAAGGCCCCCCCAAAGAGUUUUAACUGUAAAGAGACGAGGGUCGCCCAAAAGUUAGCUGAAAAGUUGCUCAAAAAAUCCAAAGCUAGCACCAAGCCCAAAAUGGAGGAAGGUUUUAUUGACCUUUUCUCCGUGAACCGUCAGACGCCUCAGUUUGACAAAGCUUUCCCCACAGACAUCGCUGUGAGGGAGGACCUGAAGGUGGGCUCAAGUGUGUUUAAGGUGAACGCCUACGAUGGAGACACCGGUUUCAACGGUCAGAUCCUGUACGCCAUCUCAGACGGAAACACUGACAGCUGUUUCACCGUCGACAUGGACUCCGGCCUCAUCAGGGUCUUCCUGCCCAUGGACAGAGAAAAGAGGGAUCGCUACCUCCUCAACCUCACCAUCUAUGACCUCGGCCUGCCGCAGAAAUCCACCUGGCGUCUGCUCACUGUCUACAUAGAAGACAGCAACGACAACACACCCCAGUUUCUGCAAGAGGGAGGCUAUAAGAUUAUCAUCCCUGAAAACACUGCCAUAGGUACAGAUGUCAUCCAGGUCGAGGCUACAGACAAAGAUCUUGGGGCUAACGGUGAGAUUUUGUACUCUAUCCUGACCAGCACCACCCAGUUUGGAAUCAACUCCUCUAACGGGAUUGUCUACGUGGCCGGCCAGCUGGAUCGGGAGUUCGUUUCUGCUUUUAAUUUGAAGAUCGAGGCUCGGGACCGAGCAGAGAGAGGGAGCCAGAGGUUUUCUGUGACCAAUUUAAAAAUCAUCCUGGAGGAUGUGAACGACUGCCCACCUUUGUUUAUUCCCAGUGUGUACAAAGCCCGGGCCUUGGAGGAUCUCCCCGUAGGAACCGUUGUGGCCUGGCUAGAAACCCAGGACCCAGAUCUGGGGUUGGGGGGUCAGGUGCGGUACUCGCUGGCUAACGAUUACAAUGGAUGGUUUGAGGUAGACCGUACCAGCGGGGCUAUUCGUCUGGUAAAGGAGCUGGACUUUGAGACCCAGCAGUUUUACAACCUGACUGUGAAGGCUAAAGACAAGGGCAGACCUGUGUCACUGCUCUCCGUCACCUCUGUGGAGAUUGAGGUCGUAGAUGUGAAUGAAAACCUCUACGCUCCGUACUUCUCACCAUUUGCUCUGACAGGAUUAAUCAAAGAAAACGCUCGUAUUGGAACUACCCUCCUGCAGGUCACCGCCAACGAUGACGACGCCGGCAGAGACGGAGAGAUCCAGUAUUCCAUCAGGGACGGGAACGGGCUGGGGCGAUUCGCCAUCGACGAAGAAACGGGAAUGAUCUACACCACUGAUAUGUUGGAUCGGGAGACCAAGGACUCCUAUUGGCUGACGGUGUACGCCAGUGACCACGGUGUGGUUCCUCAGUUCACCUUCAUAGAGGUGUUUGUGCAGGUGGAGGAUGUGAACGAUAAUGCUCCUCUGACCUCAGAGCCUCUCUACCGACCGUCUGUCCCAGAGAACUCCCCCAGAGACGUGUCUGUGAUCCAGAUCCAGGCCCAGGACCCCGACGCCACGCCCCCCUCCUCCGCUGAGCGGCUCAGCUACCGCAUCGUCAGUGGAAACCCGCAGAACUUCUUCAGCAUCAAUUCACGCACAGGUUUGAUAACAACGACCUCGAGGAAACUGGACCGAGAACAACAAACAGAGCACGUCUUGGAGGUGUUGGUGUCGGACGGCGGUCCCAGUCCCAGGCAGAGCAUGGUCUGGGUCAUGGUUCAGGUUCUGGAUGAAAACGAUAACAAGCCCACGUUUCCAGAGAAGGUGUACCAGGUCAAACUUCCGGAGCGAGAGAGAAGGAAGAAGAGCGAGCCCAUCUAUCGAGUGUUUGCCUAUGACCGCGACGAAGGGCCGAACAGCGACCUCUCCUACAGCAUUGUGGACGGGAAUGAGGACGGGAAGUUCUUCAUCGACCCAAAGACUGCUGUCGUUUCUUCACGCAAGGCAUUCACUGCGGGGAGCUACGACAUCCUGACUAUUAAAGCCACGGAUAACGGCCGCCCUCAGAAGUCGUCCACAGCUCGUCUUCACAUCGAGUGGAUCCGUCGUCCUCCUCCCUCGCCCCUCCCACUAGUCUUUGAUGAUCAGUUUUACAAUUUCACCGUCAUGGAGAACGACAAGGUGGCUGAGAUCGUGGGCGUGGUCUCCCUGCAGCAAAGCUCCGCCCCCUUGUGGUUUGACAUCACAGGUGGAAACAUGGAGAGUGUGUUUGACGUGGAGAAAGCUGUGGGCACUAUCAUUAUCGCCAAACCUCUGGACGCCGAGCAACGUGGCUUCUAUAACCUGAGCGUGCAGGCGACGGACGGAACCAACACCGCCUACACACAGGUUCAUGUCACUGUUUUGGAUAACAACGACAACGCUCCCAUCUUCUCCCAACCAACCUAUGAUGUCACCAUUUCUGAGGACACGCCUCCUGACACUGAAGUGGUCCAAGUUCUGGCAUCAGACCGUGACGAGCAUCACAAGCUGACCUACUCCCUGCAGAGCUCCAUCGACCCCAACAGCAUGCGUCUGUUCCGCAUCCACCCGAGCCUGGGCACCAUCCACACGGUUCAGAGGCUGGAUCACGAGGCCUGCGCCCAGCACAUCCUUACCGUCAUCGUGAAGGACCAAGAGUUCCCGUACAGAAAGAACCUGGCUCGCGUGCUGAUAGAAGUGGAAGAUAUAAAUGACCAUGUCCCCAUCUUUACCAGCGCUCUGUAUGAAGGCUCGGUGUACGAGUCUGCAGCUGUGGGCUCAGCUGUGGUCCAGGUCACUGCUUUGGACAAAGACAAAGGGGAGAACGCUGAGCUGCGAUACUCCAUCGAAGCAGGGAACACUGGAAAUUCAUUCCACAUUGAACCAGUUUUGGGAAUCAUCACUGUUGCCCGUGACCUGGACUUGUCCAGCAUCGGUCAUUAUGUCCUCACAGUUCGAGCUACUGACAGUGGAUCCCCUCCUCUGUCCACUACCACUGUGGUGCGCGUCGCCGUCACCCUCUCUGACAACGCCGGCCCAAAGUUCCCUCAGCCAGAGUACCAGGCUGAAAUCACAGAGAACGCGGCGGUCGGGACCUCCAUCACGGCGGUCAAUGCAGUCAGUCAGUCUACCCUCACCUACGACAUCAAGCAGGGAAACACCAACCGUGUGUUCCAGAUAAAUCAGUACAGUGGAGUGAUCACCAGUCAGAAACCUCUGGACUACGAGACCACAGCUUCUUACACCCUGAUAGUCCAGGCUACCAACAUGGCUGGCAUGGCCUCUAACGCCACCCUGUUAAUCCAGCUCGUGGAUGAGAACGACAACCCCCCAGUGUUCCAGCAGCUUCACUAUCAUGGCAGCAUCAGUGAGGCGGCACCAGUCAACAGUGUUGUCCUGGACUCGGACGAAUCACCUCUCGUCAUCAGAGCCACGGACGCUGAUCGCAACCAAAACGCUCUGUUGGUUUACCAGAUCGUCGAGGACACGGCCAAAAUGUUCUUCACUGUGGACUCAGGAACUGGCUCCAUUAGAACCAUUGCUAAUCUGGACCAUGAGACUUUUUCCAGCUUCCACUUCCAUGUUCACGUCAGAGAUAAUGGCAGACCACAGCUCACAGCAGAGAGUCCGACUGAGGUCACAAUUCAAGUGAUCGACACCAAUGAUUCCCCUCCUCGCUUCAUGCAGAGUGUCUAUGAAACAGUGCUGCUACUGCCCACAUAUAUCGGCGUGGAGGCUCUGCAGGUUUCAGCCGUAGACCCUGAUAAAGACAUCUCUACAGAGCUCUCAUACUCUCUGACUGAUGGUGUGCUGGAGCACUUUGCCAUCCAGCCUUCCAGUGGAGUCAUCAUCGUCAAAAACAACAACUUCUCCAAGGAACGCUUCCGCCUGAGCGUCAAAGUUUCAGAUGGGAAGUUCUCCAGCACUGCUUUGGUAACCAUUCUUGUCCGAGAGGCUCUGGACUCUGGUCUCAGCUUCACCCAGAGUCUUUACUCUUCAUCAAUUCAAGAGAAUGUAUCAAAUAUCACCAAGGUGGCUGUGGUCAAUGCUGUGGGAAAUCGCCUCAAUGAACCACUCAAGUACACCUUAUUGAAUGCAGGCACACGCUUCAAAAUCCGUCCCACAUCAGGCGUGAUCCAAACCACAGGCGUACCCUUUGACCGUGAGGAGCGGGAGUUCUAUGAGCUGGUCGUUGAGGCGAGAAGGGAGCAUGACCGCCUGCAUGUGGCCAGAGUUCUGGUUCGAGUCCAAGUUGAGGAUAUAAAUGACAAUGCGCCUGUGUUUAUUGGUCUUCCUUAUUAUGCAGCUGUUCAAGUAGAGGCCGAGCCUGCGUCACAUAUUUUCAGAGUUAUGGCUGUGGACAGCGACAAAGGCAUUAACGGAGAGGUGUCCUACUAUCUCAAGGACGACCACGGUCACUUUGACAUCGACCGGCAGACAGGAAGUAUCAGCCUUAAGAGGGCUUUUGAGUCUGAUUUGUCCAAUGUGGAGUAUCAGAUGGUGAUAUAUGCCAGAGAUGGAGGUUAUCCUCCUCUCUCUUCUACCACAGAGUUCCCCAUAACUGUAGUCAACAAAGCCAUGCCAGUGUUUGAUAAGUCCUUUUAUUCUGUCUCUGUGAAUGAGGACGUGGCCGUACACACACCUAUCCUCGGUAUCAACGCUACGAGUCCUGAAGGUCAGAACAUCAUCUACACCAUUGUUGAUGGAGACCCCUCUCUCCAAUUUGACAUCGGCUUCGAUACUGGAGUGAUUAGUGUCAUCCACUCUCUAGACUAUGAGACAUCCUCGUCAUACCACCUUACCGUCAGAGCCACCGACUGUCUGACCGGCGCUCGUGCAGAGGUGGACGUAGACGUGGUUGUGCUGGAUGUGAAUGACAACCUGCCUGUCUUUCAGAAAAUGUCCUACAUGGUAGUUCUGUCUGAAACAGUCAUGAUUGGAACUCCAGCUCUUCAAGUUAUCGCCACUGACAGAGACUCAGAGAAGAACAAUGUCGUCCGCUACCAGAUCUUUUCAGAUGUUCAUAACAGCACAGAUUACUUCCACGUUGAUAGCAGCAGCGGUUUAAUUCUCACUGCUCGAAUGCUGGACCACGAACUAGUCCAGAAAUAUGACUUCACUGUCAGGGCUACAGAUAACGGCUUCCCUCCUCUGAGCAGUGAAGUUUCAGUCAUCGUUGUGGUGAAUGACAUGAACGACAAUCCUCCCAUUUUCAAUCAGCUUCUUUAUGAGGCGUAUGUGAAUGAGUUGGCACCCAGAGGACACUUUGUCACCUGCGUCCAGGCCUCAGACGCUGACAGCUCUGACUUUGACAAACUGGAGUACAGCAUUUUAUCAGGAAAUGAAAGAAUGAACUUUGUGAUGGACAAGAGGACAGGAAUCAUCACCCUGUCCAGCCUCCGAAAGCAGAGAAUGGAGUCUGCCUACAGCCUGAAUGUGUCAGUGUCUGAUGGCGUGUUCACCAGCACAGCACAGGUACACGUGAAGGUGUUGGGGGCCAACCUGCACAGUCCGGUGUUUGGACAAAAUACAUACGAGGCAGAGCUACGAGAAAACUCUGCAGUGGGAACCAAAGUAAUUCAGGUGAAGGCCACCGAUGCAGAUCCUGGGGUGUUCGGUCAUGUUGUUUAUUCCUUUGUUAAUGAUGUUGGUAAAGACCAAUUCAGCGUCGAUGUAAGUGGUCAGAUCAGCACUGUGGAGAAGCUUGACCGCGAGGAUCCGGCCAAUAGGGACAUGGUCCUGACAGUAGCCGCUCGGGACUCAGGUGGCCGUGUCUCCUACUGUACUGUACAGAUCACUCUGCUGGACGAUAACGAUAAUGUACCGUUGUUUCGUGCCACAGAGUACCGAGCCUCAGUCAAGUCCGAUGUGACUAAAGGUUAUCUGGUGACUCAGAUUCAGGCCUGGGAUCCUGAUGAUGGCACUAAUGCCAAAGUGACAUAUUCUCUGUACAGUGAGGCACACGUCCCUGUCGUAGACAUUCUGGAAAUAGACCCAGACAAUGGGUGGAUGGUGACCAAAGGCAGCUUCAGUCACUUGAGGAAUUCAGUUUUAUCUUUCUUUGUGAAGGCGGUGGAUGGAGGAAACCCAGUUCGACACUCUUUGGUGUCCGUCUACAUCCAUGUUCUUUCUCCAGAUACCCUCAUCCCCUCCUUCAGCCAACAUCAGUACAUGUUUCGUAUGCCAGAGGACACCCCUAUAGGUUCAGCCAUAGGGACAGUGCGCCUCAACCCUGCUCCAGGACAUACCUCGCUCUCUGCUACCUUUGCUGUGGUUGAUGGAGAAACUGGGGAGAACAACCAAGAGGGAGUGUUUGUGGUGGAGAGGGACACAGGUGUGAUCAAGCUCGAUAAACCUCUGAACCACGAGGCGAUCAAAGGAUACCACUUCAAAGUCACAGCCACGGUACAACAGGCCAAACUGGAUUCUGUGACUUCUGUCGAUGUGGAAUUCAAAGUGUUGGAUCUGAAUGACAACAAACCGGCCUUUGAGGCCGUCUCCUAUGAGACCACGGUUAUGGAAGGGAUGUCAGUUGGAACAAGAAUCAUACAAGUCCAAGCAUUGGACCAGGACUCAGGGGCCAACGGUCAGGUGACAUAUAGUCUGGGGGCAUUAAUACAGCCAGAAGGGGAUUCACACAAAUUAGCAGACACUUUUAGCAUUGACAGCAACACAGGCUGGAUCUCUACUCGCAAAGACCUGGACCAUGAGACCAAUCCAUCCUACACUUUCACUGUGGUGGCCUCAGACCUCGGAGAGACAGUGUCCCUCUCUAGUACCACCACGGUGACCGUAGCAGUCUCAGACAUCAAUGACAACCCACCCAGGUUUCUGGAGCAACAUUAUGUUGGCUCGGUUCAAGAGAGCGACCCGCCAGGCGAGGUGGUGGCCGUGCUGAACACCAGAGAUGAUGACAGCUCGGCGGUGAACCGACAAGUCAGCUACCACAUCACCGGUGGGAACCAUCGUGGCGUGUUUGCUCUGGGUCUGGUUCAGGGGGAGUGGAAGAUGUACGUGAAGUGGCCUCUGGACCGGGAGGAGUGUAACCUUUACAUCAUCAACGUUACCGCCAGUGAUGGACUCUUUGUUUCCCGGGCGACCGUGGAGGUGACGGUGAUCGACACAAAUGACAACAGCCCCGUGUGCAGCCAGGCUGUGUACUCUGCCUCCAUACCUGAGGACCUCCCCCCUCGCAGCCCCCUGCUGAGGGUCCGAGCGACAGAUGCUGACGUGGGCGUCAACGCAUGGAUCCAGUACUCCAUACAUGGUCCUGGAUCUCAGGACUUCAUUGUGGAGCCCGACACAGGUGAGAUCAAGUCCUCCGUGGUCCUGGACCGCGAGGUGACGUCAAGUUACCGUCUGGUUGCCCAGGCGACAGACGGCGGAGGGCGCUGGUGUCGGGCAGCGGUGCAGCUGGAGGUGACGGACGUGAACGACAACCCGCCCAUGUUCACACUGUCACAGUACACCGCCAGCGUCUAUGAAGACACCGCCACCAAGGCCCUGCUGACCCGCAUCCAGGCCAUCGACCCGGACCAAGCGGGUCCAGGUCGGAUGGUGAUCUACUCUCUGACUGAGUCUGCGGGAGGCUCCUUCUCCAUCGAUAAGUCCUCGGGGAUCGUGGUCCUGGAGCGGGUUCUAGACCGGGAGAUUCAGCCAGCCUAUCAGAUCACUGUCCACGCCUCCGACCAGGGCACCCCACAGCCCCUGUCCUCGCUCGUCAACGUCACCAUCACCGUGCUCGACAUCAACGACAACCCGCCUGUGUUUGAGCGCCGCGACCAGCUGGCCACGGUGCCCGAGGACGUGGGGGUGGGGACAGAGGUUCUGAGAGUCUACGCGGCCAGCAAAGACAUCGGGACAAACGCAGAGAUCAACUACAGCAUCCGGUCAGGAAAUGAGCAUGGGAAGUUCCACAUCCACCCACUCACAGGAGCCAUUCUCGUCGCCAACCCUCUGGACUUUGAGACCUGCAGGGACUACUUUCUAACGGUGGAGGCUCGUGACGGCGGUACGCCUCCACUGAGCGCCGUCACCACGGUGAACAUAAACCUGACAGACGUCAAUGACAACGCGCCCAUGUUCAGCAGAGACCUGUACACUGCCGUGGUCUCUGAGGACGCCACCAUCGGAGAGGCUGUGGUCCAGCUGUUAGCGGAGGAUGUUGACAGUCAGCUGAAUGGAGCCAUCCUUUACUCGAUCAUCAGUGGAGACCGGGACAGCUCGUUCUUCAUCGACCCGCUCAGAGGGAUCAUCAAGGUCAACAAGCAGCUGGACCGAGAGACGGUUCCCAGUUACUCGUUGGCGGUGCGAGCUCUGGACAGCGGGGCCCUGCCUAUGUCAUCCACUGUGGCGGUCAACAUCGACAUCUCUGACGUAAACGACAACCCUCCCACCUUCUCCCCCGCCAACCUCUCCACCGUCAUACAGGAAAACAAGCCCAUCGGGACCACCAUCCUGCAGCUGUCCGUCACUGACCGAGACUCCUCCCAUAACGGGCCGCCAUUCCUCUUCAGGAUCUUGUCGGGAAACUCUGGGGGAGAGUUCGUCCUGGAGAAAGACGGGACGCUGGUGGCCAAUCAGGUGUUCAGGAGAGACCUGGCCACUGAAUAUGUCAUCCAGAUACAGGUGUCGGACUCAGGUAAUCCCCGUCUGUCCUCGUCCUCCAUGCUGACGGUCCGAGUGAUCGAGGAGUCCCUCCAUCGCCCCGUGGCGUUACCUUUAGAGGUGCACAUCGUCACCAUGGAGGACGAGUUUCCUGGAGGCGUGAUUGGUCAGCUGCACGCCACUGAUGCUGACCCCUAUGAUGCUCUGACCUUUGGCCACGCCCCCCCAGCCCAGCGAAGCCUCUUUAAGAUCAGUCCUCGAGACGGGAAGAUUAUCGCUCUUGGGGGAUUGGACGCAGGUCAGUACUACCUCAACGCCAGCGUAAGUGACGGCCGCUUCGCCGUGCCCGUGCCUGUGAGCGUGCACGUGGAGCAGGCGACGCCAGAAAUGCUGCGUGAGGCGGUGACAGUACGUUUCGAGAGUGUGGCGCCGCAGGACUUUGUAGCGCUGCACAUGAAGAGCGUGCUGAAGGUGCUGCGUCAGGCGGGCGCAUCGCAGCAGCAGGACAAACUGCACAUGCUCAGUCUGCAGCCGGUGGGAGGGACUCAGCAGCUGGAUAUGCUGGUUGCCGUGGAAACAACAGGAGAGGGGUACUACAAGGCGGCCUAUCUGACCCAGAAACUAAGCGCCUCGCGGCGGCAGCUGGAGGAGGUGCUACGGGUGUCGGCCAUCUUGGAUAAGAACUGCUCGGGGCUGGAGUGUCGGGGGGCGCAGUGCGAGCAGAGUAUCAUCCUCGACUCACACAACCUUGCCACUUACAGCACGCCACGGGUCAGCUUUGUCUCGCCACGCUUCCACCGCACAUCACGCUGCACCUGCACAGACUCCAGCUGUGCUGUGCUGUCUGAACAGUGUGAGGACCAGCCCUGUCCUGCAGACAUGCAGUGUGUCUCCAUCGAGGCCACCAGAGGGCGCUACGCCUGCCAGUGUCCCCCGGGGAAGCUGGGAGAGUGUGCAGGUCACUCGUCUCUGAGUUUCUCAGGUAACAGCUACAUUAAGUACCGACUCUCUGAGCGGCUGCAAACAGAGAUGAGACUCAGCCUGAGGAUCAGAACGCUGCAGAGUCGAGGAAUCAUCAUGUACACACAUGCUGAGCCCUGCACCGUGCUCAAGCUGGAGGAGGGGAAGCUGUGGUUCCAGCUCACCUGUGGUCUCUCUGGUGGUGGUCUCUCUGGUGGUGGUCUCUCUGGGGGUGGUCUCUCUGCUGGUCUCUCUGCUGGUCUCUCUGCUGGUCUCUCUUCUGGUCUUGGUGCAGUCUCGGACGGUUCGGACAUGUUGGGGAUCUCUGGGCGGAGGAUAAAUGACGGCAGCUGGCACACGGUGGCUCUGGAGCUCAACAGGAACUUCAGCAGUCUGGCGCUGGAUGACAGCUACGUGGAGCGACGCCGCGGUCCGCCUUUCCUCCAGCCGCUCGCUCCGGACCGGACCAUCUUCUUCGGAGCUCUGGUGCAGAACCCAAACUCUCGCAGCCUGAUGGACUCUCAGAAGGACCCGCAGGUUCUGGAGGGGUUUCAGGGCUGUCUGGACUCUCUGAUGCUGAACAACAAUGAGCUCCCUCUGCAGAACAAGCGCUCUCGAUACGCUGAGGUGGUGGGUCUGACCGAGAUGAAGCUGGGCUGCAUCCUGUACCCGGACGCCUGCCUACAGCAGCCCUGCCGCAACGGAGCCACCUGCACCAGCCUGCCCUCUGGUGGGUUCUCGUGCAGUUGUAACCCCCAGUACACCGGGGGGCACUGUGAGAUGGAGAUAACAGCUUGUGCUCCUAACCCAUGUCAGAACGGAGGAGUGUGUAAAACCAUCGGGAACGCCUUCCUGUGCAGCUGCAGGAGAGGAUUCAAGGGCCUGACCUGUGAAGAAGAUGUGAAUGAGUGCGACCGCAGUAACCCGGAGGGUGAGUGUGAGAAUGGCGGUGUGUGCGUCAACACUCAUGGCUCCUUUUACUGUAACUGCACGGCGGGCUUUGUCGGUCAGCGCUGCAGCCUGCGCCCUGUUGUUGUCCCCGACAUGCAGGCUGGGCACGCCAUGGUGGGCAAAGAGGAGCUCAUCGGCAUCGCUGUCGUGCUUUUUGUCAUCAUCACCCUCAUCAUCCUCUUCAUCGCUUUCCGAAAGAAGGUUUUCCAGAAGAACUACUCGAGGAACAACCUGUCUCUGGUUCAGGACCCAGCCACUGCCGCUCUGCUCAACAAGGCCAACGGAGUCCAGUUCAAAACCCUGCACUGCUCCCCAGGAGACCCCCUUAACCUUUAUUCAGAGCCCACUGUAGUUGGGGUCGGAGGGAUGCUGGGACCCCCGCAGGUCCCUGUGAGACCCAUGGCGUAUACACCGUGUUUUCAAGGUGAUCCACGGUCCACUCUAGAGAAAAUGGUGGACGGUCGGGGGGUGGAACACACAGAAAUGAGCACUUUUCACCCAGAAUCCCCUAGGAUCCUUUCAGGGACCACCAGGAGGGGGGUAGUGGUCUGCAGCGUGGCCCCCAACCUACCGGCAGUGUCCCCCUGUCGCUCUGACUGCGACUCCCUCCGCAAGAGUCCCUGGGACAGCGACGAGGGUAAGAUGGUGGACAUGGCAGAGGAGGUGACGUGUUUCUCAGGGAGCAACAAAGGCAGCAACUCAGAGGUCCAAUCACUGAGCUCCUUCCAGUCUGACUCCUGUGACGAUAAUGCCUCCAUAGUGACUGUCAUUCGACUGGUCAAUGAUGCAGUCGACACAAUCGAGAGUGAAGUCUCUGUUAUGGACCACGGUCAAACCUACAACAGAGCGUAUCAUUGGGACACGUCAGACUGGAUGCCCAGCACCCGCCUGUCUGACAUCGAGGAGGUUCCGGCCUAUGAGGCGGCACCUGGCAGCGAGAGGUCAGGUCCGGUUCCUCGCCUUGUUGGAAGCACACGUGAACUAGAGUCAGACUACUACCUGGGGGGCUAUGACAUCGACAGCGACUACCCCCCUCCCCAUGAUGAGGUCUUCUUGUCCCAGGACCAGCUGCCACCCCCCCUCCCCACUGGUGAGGACUACCCUGAGGCCUACAUGCCGCUGCCCACCAACCAGUCUGCCUCCAAGGAGAGCACUCUGAGCUCAGGCAGUACUGGGCCUCAGCACGCCAGACCACACUUCCACCCCAGCCAGUACCUCCCCCCCCACCAGCUGCCUCUCGGGGAGGUGCCCCAAGGAGACCUCAGCCCUUCAGUGGGUGGGGUAACUCCAGGAAACGGGGACACUGAUGACUCUGUGUCGCUGAACAUGCGGCUGUCUGUGGGCGCCUCCUCGGCCUCGGACAUGUCUGCCCCCUGUGGGCUGGAGGACUCUGAACACGGCAGUGACUUUGACAGUAUGGACGAGCUGCGUCGAGGAGUGACGAUAAUCACAGAUUCUCAGCAACAGACUGAGGUGUGAUGGAUCAGAUAUGGGAUCUGUGAUGGGCCAGAAGGAGUACAACAUCGAUUCAGACACCAGGAAACGACACGCAGAUUUCACCCACAGGGGAGUGUCAUCACUGCGACCACAGACCAGAACAUCACCAGAUCAAGACCACAUUCACUCUUCCUGUCCUGGACUGGCAGGGUGGAGUUUCACCACAAACAGUCUGUGUGUUGUCAGUCUGUCCCCACUGUGCAGACCAAUCAGAAGUGUCCUUCCUGCUCCAGGAGCGAGUCGUAGAAAUGUGUAGAGAGUGGUUUAGAGAACGUGAAUGAACUGAUCUGUAGUUUGAAUUCUACAGAUGAGAUAGAGGAAAGAGAAGAGGAAGGACAAUCAUGUAAGUGAACGGCUGGUUUGGUUCCCUGCUCCUUCUUAGACGCCCAUCAGACCACUGCUUUCUGAACGAGUCCCUGUUUUCUGUUUCCUCCUGGAUUUGUACAUUUUUGUAGCGCGCUGAGCUUGUACAGACUUUGUAAAUAGGAUGACCUUACUGAUGAGUACGUUUGAAACAGUGUUCACAUUUCAGAAAGCUAUUGAAUUGUUUUAAUGUGGAAUGUGCUUGUUCCUUUCCCCAUAAUAAAUAAAUCCCACACAAAGCCAUGACCCCCCGUCAGCCAUCACAAUUAUGUAUCAAUGAGCUUCCAGAAAACGUUAUGUUGUACAGUUUGUGUCAAAGCCAAGAGCUGCUGCAGUCACUCACGUAUUUUAUCUCUACUUUACUGACGGAUACCUGAAUUACAAAGAGAAGGCACUUCUCUUAUUUGGUCUGGGACGAUCAUUUAUCCUGUGAUUAAAGUAGAUAUUGGAAACACUGUUCACGUGUAUGGAUAUGAUCUGGAUUAUUAGAGGAUGUAUGAGCUUCUUUUAAAGAGUGGAUAACAGUCCUGAGAAUGAACUGAGCACCGCACUGACAGACAUACUGAUGUUGUAAAAACAGCUUCAUCAACAUGUUAUUCAUCCACAUGUCAUUGUCUUCAGGUAAGGAAGUUUAACAGCCUUUCUUAGUGUCAGCACUUGGUGUUGUUUUUGUUGCACUAGUUAUUUUUUAUGUUUUUUUAAUAUUACAUUUUGUGCCAUAUUUCUGAGAGCCUGCAGGCUUGGGUGGCACUCAGUCCGUUCAUGGUGGAGGGACUUUGUAAAGCACACAAUGUGACUGCAGGUUGAAUAUAUGCGCCAAGAAGGAUUGGCGAGCACCAGCUGCACUGUUCUAAGUCUGGAAACACAUUUUAUCAGUGUCACCCACCGGUCUGUCAGAAACUGGCACGCCAUUAUUCUGAAAAGCCAUGAGGUGAGGACACAUUUUCACAGUUUCCUGUUCCUCUGUAGCAUCUCCAGCUCAUCUGCUCGCUGAGGUCAGACUGAGUCUGAGGUCAGACUGAGUCUGAGGUCAGACUGAGGUCAGACUGAGUCUGAGGUCAAGAGCAGGUCUGAGUCUGACCUGAGUCUGACCUCUGACCUCAGACUGAGUCUGAGGUCAAACUCAGGUCAGACUCAGACCUGCUCCUGGGUUUUUUGUAAAGGUGUUGAAUCUGUACAGUGUACAUAACUAGGUUGUUAAAGUGAUGAUUUUGUAGAUAUGAAAGUGAAUCCUGAACUGCCUUUUUUAUUUUUGUUGUUGUUGAUCAGUUUGUUCUGAAUGUGGACUAAAGAGAUUCCUGACUGAAUGAACGUCAUGUCAACAUUAGGAAUACGUUUUGCACAGUGUUAAAGCCAGACAGUUUAUCCCAGCAGACGUUUUUUAAUUUGAUUUCUUUUUACAUUUUUGUAAAUGUACAUGACAUUUUGAACCUUUUUGUAUAUUUUUUUCAUCUGGAAUGUUUUAAUGAAAUCCCAAUGUUCAGGCAUCAGGCAGACUCACUUACGUAUACGUCGUCUAUCUGCAGAGACUGACUGUACAAACAGAGCUUUUUUCCUAUUCUGUGCAGACAAUAAAAAAGGUUCUUGCUCACUGACA